AUGAGCACGCAGAUUGAAGCCUUAGCCUCUGUCAUCAAGGCCGCUUCCCUGGUGACCUUCCUGACACUGGCUGCAAAAGCGGUGCCUUCACCUUAUGCUGCGUUUUUAGAAGUCCACCAGCUCCUUGCUGGGAACGAACCAUUUUUCCAGGUUUCUUCAUAUUUGCAGCAGCUUGUUGAGCAAGAGAACGAAAAGGAAAAAAGUGGUGAGGAAAAUGACCAAAGUUCAGAGCAACAGCUUGCGACCACUAUAACCACCGACUCCAAAACGCUUUUUCAGAACCUACCUUUUUUGUCCCUGGGCGUCUUCAAGACUCGUGCUGCUGUUGCCCAUGUUGAGGUUACCGAUGCUGACUUUUCUAUUGCUGCUGCUUUGACAGACUUGCCUUACCCAGUCUUCAUUUCUCAUGGCGCUGCUCACUCGUAUAGCGUCUCGCAGGCGGCCUACGCUGCUGCAUUUGCUGAUAACAUGUUGGUAUUCCAUUUAUACUUAAGUACAGAGUCUGCUGUGGAAAGCAUAAAAGGUGGCGUUGAGAUUGCCACUAACUUGUCUUCUGCCGCCGAGGCUGCUGCUUUCUAUGACAUAUCUGCGUUUUCCGCCUUGAACAAAGACUCCAAAGCCAAAGAUGCCAUUGUUCUUUUGGGCUCUCCUUCAGAACAAUUUGUCAAAUCUGCUACAAAAGAGCGGGCACUUUUAUACCAGGUAAAUGUUUACCAGCCGUUUGACUUGAAGGCUCUUCUCUCGCAGAUCCCUGCUGGUGUGGAGACCCUUACCUUGGUUGAGCAGACUACCACAUUGUCGUCUUUUUCUGCCUUGCUAUUAAACUUCUUCAAGAACUAUUCUACUUUGCAAACGUUGAAGAACUUCACCAAAGUGGUUGGUGCUAAGCUCGGUCACUACUCUGACAAGAAUGCUGCUCUGGUGGUGAGUGCCCUCUUACAGAACACUAGAUCAGAUGCACCAAAGCAGAACCUGUUAUUUGGCGAUGUUGUGGUCUCUAAAGGGGAUAGUGUCAUUGAAAAACAGCAUCAUGAAGGCGUCAAGAAAGUGUAUGCUUUAGAGCAAGCUUAUUUCAAAGUCUUGUUUCAAGUGAACGACAAGUCUCACGUUUGGAACGACUUCUCUGCUCCUACCGUUGGCGGCUCUUCCAACCCAGAAUACGGGUUUGGUGCUUUCUUGCAUUUUGAACAGCAACAGUCUGCAUUGGUGAACACUAUCUCUAACGCCAUUCUGAAGAAUUCAUUUUCUUCAUUGGACAACGAGAAGCUUAUAGAACUUUUAACCCAAUGGUUGGUCAGCGUGAGAACUAACAAACCGUACCAAGACUCAGAGGAAGUUGUCAGACUCUUGCAGACCGACUCUUCCUCCUCUGCCCAGCAGAUACUUGCCCUCAAAGAGUACCUCGAGAUCAGACCAAACUGGUUGGUUGGUUCUGACGCCUGGGCUUACGAUUUGGGCUCUUCUGGUGUCCACAGCGUGAUCUCUUCGGGAAAGAAUGUCAACAUGUUGGUCAUUGACUCUGAGCCAUACUCCAAGAAGAAGUUGGAUCUUGUCCGUAAGAAGGACAUUGGUUUGUAUGCCAUGAAUUACGGCAAUUGUUACGUUGCCUCCAUUGCUAUUUAUUCUUCGUACACCCAAGUUUUGCAGGCUUUCAUCGAAGCUGAAAAGUUUGACGGUCCAUCUGUCAUUUUGGCUUACUUGCCUUACGAAUCCGAGAAUGCUGACAUAUUGAGCAUCUUGAAGGAGACCAAGCUUGCUGUUGAUAGUGGCUACUGGCCAUUGUACAGAUACGAUCCUUACAGUGAGGACGAGGAACAGAAGUUCAAGCUUGAUUCCUCUUCUUUGAGAAAUCAAUUAAGGGACUUCUUGGACAGAGAGAACAGAUUGACUCUUUUGGCUAAGAAGAACCCAGAGCUUCUGAGAAACUUGACUGCCACUGCCAACACCGAAGCUCAGAAACAGCAGACACGUGUAGAAGACGAAUCCUACAAGCAGUUGUUGCAAGGCCUUUCCGGUCCUCCAUUGACUUUAGCGUUUGCGUCCGAUGGUGGUAAUGCUGAGGCUGUGGCCAAGAAGAUCAACAGACAGGCUUUGGCUAGAGGUUUGAAAUCUACUGUCUUGUCUAUGGAUGACGUUUCUGUCGAGGACUUGCCUCUUGAGACCAAUAUCAUCUUUGUUACGUCCACUGCCGGUCAGGGUGAGUUCCCCAACAAUGGUAAGGCUUUUUGGGAUGGUUUGAAGCUGGCUCAAGACUUGGACUUGACAUCAAUCAAGUUUUCCGUGUUCGGGUUGGGUGACUCCAAGUACUGGCCAAGAAAGGAGGACAAACACUACUACAACAAGCCUGGCCAAGACUUGUAUGCCAAGUUGAAGCUCUACGGGGCUGUUGAGCUUGCUGAGUUGGGUCUCGGUGACGACCAGGAUCCAGAUGGAUUCAACACUGGAUACGAAGAGUGGUUGCCAAAGAUUUGGAAAGCUUUGGGUGUUGAUGGCGUUGAAGGUGUGGAGGAGCCAAAGCCGUUGACCAAUGAAGAUAUGAAGAUUGGUUCGGAUUACUUGAGAGGUACCAUUGCUGAGGGUCUUCGUGACCAGAGCACUGGUGCUAUCUGUGCUGUUGACCAGCAGUUGACUAAGUUCCACGGUAUUUACAUGCAAGAUGACCGUGAUAUCAGAGACGAAAGAAAGCUGCAAGGAUUAGAGCCAGCCUACUCUUUCAUGGUUCGUCUUAGAUUGCCAGGAGGCGCUGCUUCCCCCAGCCAAUACUUGAAGUUGGAUGAGCUUGCUGACGAGAGAGGUAACGGCACCUUGAAAAUCACCACCAGAGCCACCUUCCAGUUGCAUGGUGUUGUCAAGCAUGACUUGAAGCCAGCCAUUAGAGGCAUGAACUCUGCUCUUUUAGAUACUUUGGCUGCUUGCGGUGAUGUGAACAGAAAUGUUAUGGUCUCUGCUCUUCCAGGCAACGCCAAGGUCCACAGACAAGUUGCCCAAGCCGGUUCUGAAAUCUCUGAGCAUUUGUUGCCAUCCACAACAGCCUACCACGAGAUCUGGUUGGAGGGCCCAGAUGAUUCUGACAAACCCGGCUACAAAGAAGCUUGGGAGAAUAAGAAGGGCGGGCCUAAGUUGAAGAAGACCAUGGUUGCUGGUAACGCUUUAGUUGAUCAUGAGCCACUUUACGGUCCUACCUACUUGCCCAGAAAAUUUAAGAUUGUCAUUACUGAGCCACCUUACAACGACGUUGAUGUCUAUGCUCAUGACAUCGGUUUGAUUGCCAUUGUUGAGAACGACGAGGUCAUCGGUUUCAACCUUCUUGCUGGUGGUGGUAUGGGCUCCACGCACAACAAUGUCAAAACAUACCCAAGAACCGGCUCCAUGUUGGGAUUUGUUCCCAGAGACAAGAUAAACCAGGCAUGCGAGAAGGUCAUGUUGGUCCAGAGAGACUUUGGUGACAGAACGAACAGAAAGCAUGCCAGAUUGAAGUACACCAUUGAUGACAUGGGUGUGGAGGAAUUUAAGGCCAAGGUUGAAGAAUACUGGGGUGACAAAUUCGAAGAGCCCAAGCCAUUUGAGAUCAAGAGUAACAUUGACUACUUCGGUUGGGUCAAGGAUGAAGAGGGAUACAACCAUUUCACUGCUUUUGUGGAAAAUGGUAGAAUUGAAGAUACUCCUGAGUUGCCACAGAAGACUGGUUUGAGAAAGAUUGCCCAAUGGUUGCUUGAAAACAACAAGCCGGGUGAAUUCAGAUUGACCGGUAACCAGCACAUUGUUCUUUCAAGAAUUGCUGAUGAGGACUUGCCCACAAUCAAGGAGUUGCUCGCCAAGUACAGCUUGGACAACACCGACUUCUCCGGCUUGAGAUUGUCCUCAUCCUCAUGUGUGGCUUUGCCAACAUGUGGUUUGGCCAUGGCGGAGUCCGAGCGCUACUUGCCUGAGCUCAUUGGCAAGUUGGAGACUGCUCUUGAGGAGUACGGCUUGAGACACGACUCCGUAGUUAUGAGAAUGACUGGAUGUCCAAACGGUUGUGCCAGACCUUGGUUGGCCGAAGUUGCUUUAGUUGGUAAAGCCAUGGGUGCCUACAACUUGAUGUUGGGUGGAGGCCACCAUGGCCAGAGAUUAAACAAGAUCUACAGGUACUCGAUCAAGGAGGAUGAAAUCAUGGACAUCUUGUUGCCAUUGUUCAAGAAAUGGUCGUUGGAGAGACUCGAAGGCGAACCAUUUGGUGACUACUGUAUUAGAACCGGGGUUAUCGCAGAGACCACAGAGGGCAAGUACUUUCACGAGAACAUCCCUGAAGAAGCAUAG